AUGGAGACAAUAGGACCGCCAGUAAUGGCUUCCAUAGGCUCGACGUCGUCUUUUGCAUCGACAACGGAGACAAGUGUAGCAUCUACUCGUACAGCAUUGAUCAUAGACGGAUCUUACGCAAUGAUUGGAGCUCGAAGUCUGGGGGGCAAGAUUGAUUACGUCAAGCUUCGUACGGCACUGGAAGAACAGGCGUCGACACAGUUUGGAGAUUGCUGGUUCUUUGAUCAGAGCCCCUCUACGCAGCGUUUUAAUCCAUCCUUAAGACUCGAGUAUAACAAACUGAAAUUUGCACCACCGGAUGGGCCUCAGUUCCAAGUCAGCUUGUUUCCUAUGAAAAAAUAUAGCUGCCAUUGUCGAAGAUGUGGUAGCCACUUUACACAGAAUGUACAGAAGGGUGUUGACAACGGAAUUGCAACUAAAAUUCUGUCUCUUGCCUAUGAGAAUAUUUGCGAUCGCUUUGUUUUAUUUGCGGGCGAUGGCGAUUUUUAUAGCUCACUGAGCCAUGUGCGAAAUGUGCUGCGAAAGGAUAUUUGGGUAAUGGGUUAUCGAGGAACAGUUUCUGGGGACCUUCAGCAGCUGGCGUCGCGAGUGAUUUGGAUGAACGACUUAUGGUCUCAGGUAAAGAGUGUUCAGCAAAUAAACAAUCAUGAACAAGGUUGGGAAGAAGGACGAAAACAUGAAGGGUACAAGGACGAAGCGCGACAGCUUGACGAUCACCGAGGCAAAGGUUUUCAGCAUCGCGACGACUCAUCCUCAUCCGUUGAUGAAAUACAAGAUGUUGGGCGUGGUCGCCAGGUGGUCAUCGCACCUCGUUUCAACCAAGCAACACGCAGGAGAGUUCGUGGUAACGACGGGCGCUCAAAUGGAAGAGGCCGAAGCAGAAAUGGUCGUCGGUCUCAAUCGAGGGAUCGUUCGCGCUCAGAACAACCUAGCAGCAAAGUAGCUACUGCUACAAAUGCAAUGUCUGACGUCGAUACUAUAACAACAAGUUUUCAAGAGGGAACGACGAUAUACAAGAAAAAGCCAAGGAUCGAAGAAAAACGCGGGUUUGGCGGCAAAAAGCGGAAAAGAAAUGGUAUAGGCAAGAGCGAACAAAGGCGGUCAAAACGAGGAGAACAUGGGGAGAAGCAGGCAGACGAUUUGUCAGUCUUUGCUUUGUCGGAUAUUAGUUCUGAUGAGAAUAGUGGCAAACCGUUUUUGUCAUCAUUGCCCGUGCCAUUGGGGUCAGCGACAUCGGCAUCGGUUAUGACAGCACAGGUCCAAGAUUUUGGAAUGGAUGAUGUUAUCGACCUCGCUUCCGACACCGGAAGUGAGUGA